AGGCCAAUUACGAAUUCGUGAAAGUUUUCCCCUGCGACUACAAAACAGCUCUCGAAGAAAAUGGCUGACGGAGGAGCGGCUGCAGUAGUCGCGACUCAGGCCCAAGCGCGGCCAACAAGAAUUCCGGACGCAGUGAAACAUCGGGAUUUAUCUCGUAUGAACGAGAAACACUUCCAUAUCGCCCGGCCCAUUGGAACGAGGUCCUUGCGAUAACCUCCUUAAAACCCAGUCCGCGCGGCACUCCAUUAGAACUGCAACCAGAUUCCGGAAUGGAACGAGCUUGUUCACCAAGGUCGUUGGCGGGAAGCCUUGGAUAGGCUCCUGGAAACCAACAACUUUCCAGAGUUCAUAAGACGUGUGUGCCUUGCUCCUUGCGAGGGUGCUUGUGUUCUGGGAAUUAUAGAGAACCCGAUGUCCAUUAAGACGAUAGAGUGUACCAUCAUCGACAAAGCUUUUGAGGAAGGCUGGAUUGUCCACCAGCUUAUCGGACCGGGAAGAGAGUGGUGAUUGUAGGUAGCGGUAUGGCACGCCUAGCGGCCGCUGAUCAGCUCAGUAAGGCCGGCCACUCUGUGACAGUGUUUGAGAGAGUGGAUAGAAUUGGAGGCCUCAUGAUGUACGGUGUGCCAAACAUGAAGACCGACAAAGUGGAGGUCGUUCACCAGCGAGUGAACCUGAUGGCUGCCGCAGGGAUCGAGUUCAUUGUUAAUGCGAAUGUCGGAGUUGACAAGUUAUUCUCGGUGGAGAGGUUAAUGUCCGACUAUGAUAGCUUACUACUUGCAAGUCUUGCUUUUCUCCACUUGUUUCAGAUCUAACCAUCUUUUUAUUUGUUUUUCUUCAGGGACCUUAAAGUAGAAGGCCGAGAAUAUGAUGGCAUACGUUUUGCCAUGGAGUUCCUUCACACGAAUACCAAGAGUUUGCUGGAUUUGGCUCAAGGACAACAACUACAUAUCUGCCAAAGACAAGAAAGUGGUGGUGAUAGGAGGAGGCCAUACAGGCACAGAUUGCAUCGGUACUGUGGUCCGCCACGGCUGCACGAGCGUUGUAAAUCUGGAGCUACUUCCUCAGCCUCCUGCAACUCGUGCACUGGGGAAUCCAUGGCCACAGUGGCCACAAAUUUUCCACGUCGAUUACGGGCCCGCCGAGGCAAAGGAGAAGUUUGGUAGUGAUCCUAGGUCUUUUUCUCCGGCGGCUUCGUGUAAACACGUGAGUAAGAGAUAAUAGUAUAAGUUUGACUUGCUUGGUCAAGCAUUUUUGUUUUACCCGAUUUUCGAAUUGGAAAGCCCUUUCGGGUCUCGGUCCAUAGCUCUCUAAGCGCCUUGAAUAUGGCAGGCUGGGGGGUCACUCUUGUUCUUUGGAUGCUGCUAAGACUGUGUAGUGCAAAUUCUGAUGCGGAUGCUCUCCUCUCUAUCAAGCAGCAGCUGGGUCCUUCAAAUGCAAAUCUCUCUUCUUGGGCUGGAUCCGAUCCUUGCAAUCCUCUCUGGAAUGGCGUCGGAUGUACUGGAAACAGUGUUACAGCUCUGAACUUGACAGGGUUUGGCUUGAUCGGAAGCUUUCCAGAUGAGCUGGGAAACAUCACAACGCUGGCAGAUCUUGACCUCCAGGAGAACAACAUUACGGGGCCCGUGCCAGAGUCCUUGUCGAGAUUGUCUACAUUGAGAUCACUGAACUUAUCUGGAAAUCCACUUCAAGGAAGUUUUCCGAGACCGGUUUUGGAGAUUAGGGGUCUCCUUGAAUUACGUUUGGGAGGUUGUAACCUGACAGGAGCUUUGCCAGACGAGAUUUCAAGCCUUUCCUCUCUUCACACUUUGCACUUAAACAGCAACAAUCUCACAGGAACUGUUCUAGAUACGGUUGGAAGGCUUUCGCGACUAAAUGAGCUGUCACUCUGGGGUACUGGACUCAAUGCAGAACUUCCAAGCAGCCUUGGCCUCCGGCUGAGAAAUCUAACACUGCUAAACUUGCAUGACUGCGGCUUGCAAGGGCCACUGCCAGCCGAAUGGGGAGGAAACUUUACAAACAUGACGUUCCUGCACUUGUAUAAUAACAAUCUAACUGGCGAAGUCCCAGCCUCGUGGAGCCAAAUGCAGAGCUUGCAAUCCCUGCGACUGGACGCAAAUAUGCUCAGAGGAUAUGUUCCUACAUGGCUUUUGAAUCAUGCCACACCAUCUAACAUAUAUCUAAGGUGCAACUAUUUUUCUGGCCCAAGGCCAGUUCCAUAUCCUAGAGACAGGGUGAGUGGCAACUGUUUUGAUGAAGACGCAUUCGAUAACUACAGAGAUCACGGUCGGCAGUGCCAUCAUGGACCUGGAUGCCGGGACUUCUUUGCAAUAUUUCCACGACCAUUGCCUCCGCCACCACCAGAAGAACAAACACCAGCUCCUCCACCUCUUUUCUCGAAAUCAAGAUCAAUCGGCUCCGGAGCAAUCGCUGGAAUUGCCAUAGGUGCGCUUGCUGCGAUCAGCAUCUCAAUUGCAGUGCUUAUUCUCUGGAGACACAAGCAAGUUAAGCAACGAGAUGAUGAACAAGAUAGUGGAUCUGAUAUGAGCGAGCCUCUCAGGAACUGGGAGGUUCCUCAGGGAAUAGAAAUGUUCUCGCUGGACCAAAUCUCCAAGGCCACCUCCGGGUUCUCAAAGGAAUGCGAAGUUGGCUGUGGAGGAUUUGGACGCGUCUACCGUGGAAAUCUCGAGGAUGGUCGAACUGUGGCGAUCAAGCAAGCAUCUGCGAAGAGCAAGCAAGGCCAGCGAGAGUUUCGUAACGAGAUCCAGCUGCUUAGCAGGCUUCACCACCGACAUCUGGUGAGACUCCUUGGAUUUUGCCAAAGCGGAAAAAAUCAGGUUUUGGUGUAUGAAUUCAUGGAAAAUGGCAAUCUUCACGAUCGGCUUCUCGGAAAAUACUCUGGUCAGCUUUUGGAUUGUUACCAGCGAUUAGCAAUUGCUGUGGCUGUUGCACAAGGCUUGGAUUACCUUCACUCUUACGCAGAUCCUCCAGUUAUUCAUAGAGAUUUGAAGCCCAGCAAUAUUCUCUUGGAUGGAAACCUUACAGCUAAGAUUUCAGACUUUGGCAUAUCCAAGGUCUCUCCAGAGUUUGACACUCACGUAUCCACAAAACCUGCUGGCACAGCUGGGUAUCUUGAUCCAGAGUAUUUCUUACGUCGGCAGCUUACCACUGCGAGCGAUGUUUACAGCUUCGGUGUGGUGCUGCUAGAACUCGUCACUGGACAGAAAGCCAUCGACCAAAAGAGGCCCGAAGAGUUCAAUCUCAUAGAAUGGGUGAAACCCAGGCUUCGAAACGGAGGGAUAAGGUCAGUGAUAGACAGCCGUAUAGCCGAGAACUUCCCUGAGGAGCAAUAUCUAGCUCUUGCUACCAUAGCCUUGAGAUGCGCUGCGUUUGACAAGAGUGAAAGGCCGUCCAUCAAGACUGUCUUGAGCACAUUGACAGGACUGCUGGCUAAUCUUGAGCAGGAUUACUUUGCUCGUCACAAUAGCAGUCAUGGACUGGAGACUACCACGGAAGAAUUUAGUGAUAUGUCAAUGUAUUCUGGGAACUUCUCUUCAUCUGGUUAUACAACUUAGCAUUUCCACAAGAACGUUCAUCUUUCAUUCCUUUUCAUAUAUACAUGGACGAAUCUUUGUACACCA